AUGGCUCGCGAACUACUCAGUAGCGACUCGUCUGACAGCGAAGAUGGAGGCACCAAUGUCCCACCCGGCGGCGAGCUCAAGGUCAAUGAGGCCUAUGCACGCCGCUUCGAACAUAACAAGAAGCGAGAGGAACUGCAGAGAUUAGAGGAAAAACUCGGCAAAUCUUCCACUUCCCGAAAACGUAAACGCGGCGACAACGAAUCUCUCAAUGGUGACGACGACAGUUCUGCGUCCGAUGAUGACUCGACCAGCGAAUCCGAAGAUGAGGGGGAGUUGGUGACCGAAGCCCUUGACUCAGAGAUCAUGGCCACCCUCAACGCAAUCCGAUCGAAAGACCCUCGCGUUUACGACAAGUCUGCCACGUUCUAUACCAACGAAGAAAACGAGGGAGAGGCAACCACGAAGUCAAAGAAGGAGAAACCAAUGCACCUGCAAGACUACCAUAGGCAAAAUCUUCUGAAGGGUGAUGCGGGCUCGGAAGAGGAAGAUGUCGUGCCUUUGACGUACAAUCAGGAGCAAGAGAAGCUGAAGAAAUCCAUCGUUGGCGAGAUCAACGCAGCCGCGGAGGACGAGGACGAUGAUAAAUUCCUCAUCGCGAAGAAAAAGGAGAAGUCGGUCAAGCCCGACGUGGUUCUGGACGUUGAGACCGCAGACAAAGACCCCGAAACUUUCUUGUCAAACUUCAUGGCAUCCCGGUCUUGGGCGGCUCCAGAUCCUGCUACUCUGCACCCUUUUGAGUCGGACGACGACGACGAGGACAGAAGAGCUGAUGAGUUUGAAGAAGCAUACAACCUGCGAUUUGAGGACCCUGAAAAGUCAAACGAGACACUACGCUCACAUGCGAGAGACUUGGCUGCCAAAUAUUCUGUCCGGAGACAGGAGGCAAAUCCCCGACAAAAGAAGAGAGAAGCCGAGAAGGCGAAGAAAGAAGCUGAAAAGCAGCAGCGAAGAGAAGAGAAAGCCCGUCUCCGCAAGUUAAAGAUCGAGGAGCUCGAGGAGAAGGUGCGCAGAAUCAAACGGGCCGCCGGUAUCAAAACCCAGGACAUGCGGCCCGAGGAUUGGUCACAUCUGGUUGACGACGAUUGGGACGACGCCAAAUGGGAGGAGGAAAUGCGCAAGCGUUUCGGCGACGAUUACUACGCUGAGGAAGACCUUUCAAGCGAGCACGAGACGGAGGGGAAAAGACGGAAACCUCGCAAGCCCAAAUUUGACGAUGAUAUUGAUAUCAAGGACAUAGUGCCUGAUUUCGAGGAAGAUGAGAAGGCUGACUUCAGUCUGACUGACGAAGAAGCUCCUCCGAAGAAAACGAAGAAAGCCAAGAAGUCUGCUGAGGAGGACAAGCGGAACACAAAGAAAGAACGACGGAUCAUUGAACAACUGGUGGCCGACCAACUACAACUGGAGCUGGAGGCAUCUCUGCCCAACAAGAAAACUGGUGGCUUCACAUACCGUGAGACAUCGCCCAAGAGCUUUGGCCUGACUGCAAGAGACAUCCUCCUGGCCGACGACAAGCAACUGAAUGAAUAUGUGGGAUUGAAGAAACUUGCAUCAUUCCGCGACCCAGAGAAGAAGCGCAAGGACAUGAAGAACCUGGGGAAGAAAGCGCGACUGAGGAAGUGGCGGUUGGAGACCUUUGGCGAUGAGGAAGGACUGCAAGCCAGCAAUCUGAUUCCUGCUCAGACUGAGGUCGGGGACGACAGGGCUGAAGGAGAUGAAGUUGAUGUAGAUAUCAGAACAGAGGGAACGAAGAAAAAGAAGAGGAGGAGAAACAAGAAGUCGAAGACAGAGGUCGAUGCUGGUCUCUGA